CAUUGUAAAGUUAAAAUGAAUCCUCCGCCUACCCGGGGCCGGGCUCCUUCGCGGUUUGUGCGUGGGCGUGGUCGUGGCGGCGGCGCCUACCGCCCAUACUUCUACUUUCGACGCAACGGCCGCGUGAUUCCUGCGCGCGGCAACCGAGAACCAAAUCAGGAGCAACCUGACCCAGGUGCAGCCGCAACUGCUAACCGGCAACCGAGAGGCUGGAACCGUCCAUCCAGCAGGCGGGGUCGCGAUGCCAAUCUGGACUGCAGCUUCCUGCGGCCCGAAAACUAUGCCGCUCCGGAGGACGGACUCCAGGUGCAGACCAUUGCGGUGGACAAUCCGCGGGCGUAUCCCGGCUGGAGGCUGUACUUCCUGCGUGAGAAUUACGAGGAGGGCAAUGAGCAUGCCCGGAGGAUUAUGGCCGUGGAAGCGCAUUUCCAACGCCAUCCGCACGACUACGAUUUUGUGCGGGCCCGGGAGAGAGGCUUCUUCAUCCUACCCGCCGACGGUAUCCUUCAGGAUGCCCAACUGAUGGAAAUGUGGCCUGGACUUGCCGACGAUCUGCGAGAGCAUCCACUGCGCACCCUAUCCACUCUGUCGCUGGCCAUGCACACGGUGGUGACGAACCACCUUUUGGACGCCAACGAAACCACAGUGAGUGUUGUCUCCACGGCAGAGCAAUACAUUCCGCCACUACAGACACAAGUGCGCAAGAUCUACGUGCGACCAGAGAACUUUGUGCCCGUGGAACCGAUGAGCGAGAUCAGCCACAACCGUGUCGACUCACUGUUCGCCGUGCGCGGCACCGUCAGCAACGUGGGUGAGCCGGGCUACAACCUCUCCUGGCAGGCCUUCCGUUGCACCCGCUGCCAGAUGGUGAUGGCGAUGCGUCAGCGCGGCACCUUUCAGCCCCGUCCCUACCUGUGCAAGCGCCAAGAGUGUGUGGCACGCGAAGGGUUUCUAGCGCUACGUAGCUCCCCGUACACGCGGCUAGCCGUUAGACAGAUUAUUCGCCUGGAGGAGUCCAGCCUGGCACAGAUCCACGACUACGAGAGCAGCCUGCCAGGAGAGAUCGACGUGGAGCUGCGACACGAUCUAGUGGAUGCGGUUCGAGUGGGCCAGGAGGUCGUCGUAACCGGAGUGCUCAAGCUGCAAGAACUGGGCGAGGAUGCAGCAGAUUCUUCUAACCAGAUGCGGCCGUAUCUCAAGGCGGUGAGUGUCAAGGAUGCGGCGUGUAUCCAGCAGGAGUUCAGCGAGCGCGAUCUGGAAGCCAUUGCAGUGAUCAAUGCAGAGCCCAAUAGCUUCAAGCUCCUGGUUCAAUCGAUUGCCCCGGAGGUCUAUGGACAUGAACUGCCCAAGGCCGCCUGUUUGCUCUCUCUUCUCGGAGGGAGUGGUGGGAAUCAAGCCGAGCCCAUUAACGUUCUUCUUGUGGGAGAUCCCGGCAUCGGCAAAACCAAGAUUCUGCAGAGCUGCUCACAGAUCACGGAGCGUGGUGCCCACGUAAGCGGAAAACGUGGAGCCCAGUCUGCCCAGCGGUUAGGUGUGACCUUUGCUGGGCGAAACAAGCGCGUUCUGCAGGCCGGUGCCUUGAUGGCGGCCAGUGGUGGCGGACAUUGUACCCUCGACGAUGUGGACAAACUGGCCUCCAAGCAGGCGGUACUGCUUCAGUGUAUGCAAUCGGGGGAAGUUAACCUACCGCUGGCUGGAGCCUUUGCCUGCUUUCCGGCAAAACCCUCGGUUAUCGCCUGCGCGAAUCCGCAGAGGGGACAGUACGACGAAGGACGUUACUUGCUGCAGAACAUUCACAUAGCGCCAGCCUUGCUGCGGGAGUUUCACCUCGUCUACGUACUACUGGACAAGCCAUCGGCCGACAGGGACAUGUCUCUUACCGCCCACGUGAGGGCACUCCAUGCUGGUGCCAAAAAGCGUGCGAGGAUCGCAGCUCGUUACGCACUAAAACCCAAGAUGAGUGAGUCCAUGUGCCAGGCCACCUUCCAUGUGACAGGAGCGGAUGAAAAUUCGAUUAAGUAUGAGGAUGACAAUGAUAGCAUCAUGCAGCAGGACUACGAUCUGGACAGGCGCCUGGAGCUGCUACCCGACGAAGAGGAAUUGGACUUGCUGCCACCCAUUCUGAUCAAGAAGUUCCUUUCCUAUGCCCGCCAACAAGUGAGUCCUCUGCUGAAAGAGGAGGCUUGCCAUGACAUCCUGCGAUUCUUUUUGGAGCUUCAAGGUGGCGGUGCCUUGGAGGAUGGUGAUUCCAGCCAAAUUGGAGCGGGACAACUUCUGGGCCUGAUUUACCUUUCCCAGGCACGUGCCCGCCUGGAUCUGUCGCACAUGGUAAAUUCACAGCAUGUGCGUGAUGUGAUCGCCCUGCUUACGGAGAGUAUCACCCAGACCAGCCUCAAGCCAGAUGGCGACUUAAGGCGCGGACUCAGCGGAUCUGGAGCUAGAGGCGGUGGCGGCGGCGGAGGAGGAGGUGGAAGAGGCGCUCAACUGCGCAAUUUUGUGCAAAUGUUGCAACGACGAUCGGCGGCGCUGGGCCGGCGAAUCUUUGAGUUCGAUGAGCUAAAGGAGAUCGGAGCGCGGGCUGGCAUCUUGACGGGCAUAAGUCAGUUGGUGGAGACGGCCAACAUGGGCGGCUAUUUGCUCAUGAAGGGCGCAAACAUGUACGAAGUGGUUCCGGACUGAGCGAAAAUCUAUACAAAUGCCCAAGUAAAUAUUUGACUCGUCUGCGAUUGUUAUUUUGUUGUUAACUAUUAGUUAAGUGACCCAUCAAGUAUAUUGCUCUAAUGAGGCAUUAUGUCUAGCCCUAGUUUCUAUUUCCUAUUACUAUUAAAUAUUGUAAACUUGACAAUCUAAUUGUUAAAUCAAUAAUUAAGAGUAAUUAAGGUGCUUCCCAACUGCCAUUAGUCAUUUCCUUUUCCGGUUCAAUGGGGUUCUUUGCAAAAUAAAGCAUACUUUCAGGAGCUUAAAUAUUAACGUAGUUACACUAACCAACAAAUGUUUAUACCUCCCAGUUUCCCAGAUCAGUACAUAAAUCUAUUUAGCUAACUAGCAGACUAUAUUAUUAAUGAUCUUUUAGAAAAUAUAUUUAAUGUUAAAUGCUAUAGUUUUCCUUAUUUAACAAUUUCAAAUAUGAAACUUUGUAGAUAUACCAUAUCCUUCUCGAUAUAUGUCUUCUAUACUAAAGCUUUAAGGGCUUAAAA